CCGGUUCAGUUACCGUCGAAAACGGCCGCCAACGUUUCAGUGUUAGCAGUUCCGUUGCGGGGUUGAGAUGCGUUUGUGCGCCACCCCCGAGAUGUGUACUAAGUGUGCGUACCGGUGCCGUCAUUAGGCUGGUUGCAUGCGACGAUUGAACUGAACACCUUGUAUCGGGCCUGGGCCAUCCAACCCGACCGAGAGGUCGAGGAUCUUUCGUGCACAGCUGUUUUGAUGCACACCCUCCGUUCAGGAAGUUUUACCGCGCUACGGCCCCAAAUUGACUCCACCACCGUUCCCGUUUUCCAUGUAUUUGUUUUGUCUGUUAAUAAAUUUUUAGUUUGUUUUUUGUUUAUGGUCGAUGUUUCCUUGAUGCUCACCACGUUGCCGGUACCGUGCGGACUAUUGUUGGUACAGUGAUUAAUUUUUUUUUUUGCGGUACUGGUGUCACGUCCGAAAUGGCACUCAAUCAUCUGCUUGGGAUUAUAUUGGUGGUAACGUGCGUGGCAUGUUAUUACAACAGCUGCUAUUGUGGUUUCGUUUUCGAUGACAUUAGUGCCAUUAAAGAAAACCGUGACUUAAGACCUCACACUCCUCUAGUUAAUAUUUUCUAUAAUGACUUUUGGGGCACUCCGAUGCACAAGGAGCAGAGCCAUAAGUCUUACCGACCUUUAUGCGUCCUGACUUUUCGCUGGAACUACAUGCUUGGCCAACUGGAACCGAUGGGAUAUCAUCUCGUGAAUAUGAUCCUCCAUUCGGUGGUCUGCCUCAUGUACUUCAGAAUGUGCUCGAUGUUCCUGCCGGAACUGGCAAGUUUUGUAUCGUCGAUGCUGUUCGCCGUUCAUCCCAUUCACACCGAAGCGGUAACCGGAGUUGUGGGCAGGGCCGAAACACUUUCAUCGGUGUUCUUUUUGGCCGCCUUCAUACUUUACAGCAAAGCAUCGAAGAGCAAAAAAUAUACAGGCUGGAAGCAUCUUAUAUUUUCCAUGAUAUCAAUAGCGACGGCGAUGCUGUGCAAGGAGCAAGGAAUUACAAUAGCGGGCGUUUGUGCAACAUAUGAAAUAUUUGUAUCGCAGAAGAUUCGCCUGCCGGAAUUGAGGCAAAUGCUUAAGGCGGCAACAACCCCCAAAUCGUCCUACCAAUUCCCGUGGUCGAACCGUGCCACCAAAAGACUCGUCAUUCUGGCCGCGACCACCGUAUCUUUAUUACUCGCCCGUCUCCACAUCAUGGGUUCCCAGCUGCCGGUGUUCACUCGCUUCGACAAUCCGGCCUCGGUCGCACCCACACCGACACGACAACUAACCUACCACUAUUUGGUCAGCGUCAAUCUUUGGCUGUUGAUCUUUCCGUGCGACCUGUGCUGCGACUGGACCAUGAGCACCGUACCACUGGUCGAGUCGUUCUUUGAUGUCAGGAAUUUGGGCACCAUCAUGACUUAUGCGUUUUUGUUCGGGAUCAUGUCGAAGGCUUUCACCACCGAGAAUCGGCAACAAAGCAUCGUUUUACUCAUGAGCACAGCCCUGAUGGUGUUCCCGUUCAUUCCCGCAUCGAAUUUAUUUUUCCCCGUUGGAUUUGUGAUAGCGGAGCGCGUGUUGUACAUGCCUUCAAUGGGAUUCUGCAUGUUAAUGGGCUACGGUUGGUAUGUACUGUACAAAAAGAUGAACAAAACCGUCGCUUUGACUGGGUUGAUGGUGCUGUUGGCGACGCACGCCGCCAAAACCUACACCAGAAACUGGGACUGGGAGAACGAAUACUCGAUUUUCAUGUCCGGCCUGAGGGUUAACCAGAGGAAUGCCAAACUGUUCAACAACGUGGGCCACGCGUUGGAGAGCCAGAACAGGUAUCAGGAGGCGUUGUUGUUCUUCAAGACGGCGGUGGACGUGCAGGAGGACGACAUAGGCGCCCACAUCAACGUCGGCAGGACCUACAACCAUUUGAAAAUGUUCAAGGAGGCGGAGGAGGCAUAUUUGAAGGCGAAGAGUCUUCUGCCGAAAGCCAAGCCUGGCGAAUCUUAUCAGGCCAGAAUUGCUCCGAAUCAUCUGAACGUCUUUUUGAAUUUGGCAAACUUAAUAUCGAAGAACUCUACGCGACUGGAGGAAGCAGACAUGCUUUACAGACAGGCGAUUAGCAUGAGAGCAGAUUACACUCAAGCCUACAUUAACAGAGGAGACAUAUUAAUAAAGUUGAAUAGGACGAAGGAAGCCCAAGAGGUUUACGAGAGGGCGUUGCUAUACGACAGCAACAACCCGGAUAUUUACUAUAACCUUGGAGUGGUGUUUUUGGAACAAGGCAAGGCAUCGCAAGCCCUGGCCUACUUGGACAAAGCCCUAGAAUUCGAUCCGGACCACGAGGCGGCCCUCUUGAACUCCGCCAUCUUGCUGCAAGAAUUCGGACGUCCGGAGCUGCGAAAAAUCGCCAGGGAACGUUUGUUGAAACUGCUCGACAAAGACCCGGAAAACGAACGGGUGCACUUCAACUUGGGAAUGCUGGCGAUGGACGAAAAGAACAUAGAAGAAGCGGAACAUUGGUUCAGGAGGGCGGUGCACUUGAAGGCCGACUUCAGAAGUGCCCUGUUCAAUUUGGCGCUGUUAUUGGCCGACGAUCAGCGACCCUUGCAGGCCGCACCUUUCCUCAAUCAGCUCGUCAAGUAUCAUCCUGACCAUGUCAAAGGUUUGAUACUGCUAGGGGAUAUUUAUAUCAACAGUAUCAAGGACCUCGACGCAGCGGAACAUGCUUAUCGAAGGAUUCUGGAACUGGACCCAGUGAACAUCCAAGGUUUGCAUAACCUGUGCGUCGUUCACGUGGAACGUGGAAAACUGCUCGAGGCUAGGGAAUGUCUGGAAAAGGCGCACGCCUUGGCCCCCGAGGAGGAUUACGUGUUGCGCCAUCUUCAGAUCGUUCAAAAUCGCAUUGCAAAAAUGCAGUUGAAUCCGCCCGAACAGGAUGUCGUAGAGAAAAGCAAAGUAGUGUCGAACAAAAGCGCCGAUAGCACUCAGAAAAAGUCGGAACCUGUUGUUUCCAGGGAUUCGGAGGAGCAACGUUACAGCAGCAGGGUGGUCAAUACUGAACCUCUGUUUGUCAACAACGUCGAAGAGGUCAGUUAUCCUGAGUAUUCGGUGGAGGAGACCAUAGGCAACGAUCAAAACACAAGCAAAUGGAACGAAAAGAGGCUUGGCAGUGAUAAUGAUGAUCCUUCGUCGGGGAUGUCUUAGCAGUAGGGUGUACAAUAAAUAUAGAUUUAAUUAUUGUAUAAGACUAAUAAGAUGUGUUGGACAACGUCUCAGGUACACAAGAAAUAGAUAGGGUAUUAUUUACUGGAUGUUUUUAUUUUUUUAUUAUUUUGUUUUCGUCAAUAUUUCUACGUUGACACAUUGAUAUAUUUUUUACAAUAAAUUUAAUCUUAGAUUUUUCAUCAAAGAACAUAUAUAUGAUAAAAAACAUUAAUUAAAAUGUUUUAUUGUUAAUAUUCUAUAUUUAAAUAACUGUCAAUAAGAAUUAUUUAUGAAAAGCAAAAAGAGCUCCCAGCAAAAAAUUUUAAUUAAAUUAAUAAAAUAUUAAUUCAAUAUUUUUAAAGAAACUGAAAUAUAACAGAAUUUAUUUAUUUGCUCCCACUUUUAUUACAUCCAAUAAAUGAUCUGAAAUUUCCGGACAAGCUAUAUAGUUCGGAGAUUUUAAAAUUGUAAUAUAAAUUCGACAUAACUUAUCUAUUUAUUGUGUCUAGCAUAGACUUGUCCCAUUAUAUUUCUAUCUAAGAACUUUUUUAUACGAGCCAUUAGGUGUAGUAUUCAUUCUGUGAUACUCAGAAUAAUUAUUUAAAUCUAUUUUUGUCCUAAAUUUUAAUUAAUAAAAACUACCCUUACAUUUUAUACACACUGCAUGCUGAACCCAACGUGACUUAAUGUUCACAACAAUCAUUUUUUAAUUUUUAAAAAUAAUUCUAUUCGAAACUUUGUACAUAUUGUAUGGUGAUGAGGAGGUAAUUUAGUUGAGUUUCCAGGACAAAGAUGACGUGUUAAAUAAGUCUUCCUAAAGUUGUCAAACCCUGAUAAAGAAACGAAACUGGUAUAAAUUCACGAUUUUAUUAUGUACGUAAUAAUUUAAUAUUCACCUGUCAUUUUUGACCUGGAAAUGAGAAUUUUUAUUUGUGAUCUGAUUGUGAUUCGAUUUUAGCAUUAAUUUUUUUUACAUUAUGUAUUAUUUUGCGUUCGUCAUGUUUAAAACAACUAUGGAUGAUGGAUGUACAAAUUUACGACUACAUGUAUGUCAAUAUAAUAUAAUUAUAGUGGAAUAAAUGUAAAUAAAUUUUUACAUGGGUCAUCAAAUUCUGUAAUGAUUUGGAAAUUGUCAAGCGUUUGGCAUAUCUCUGUAAUGUUGAUUAGUAAAUAUUGUGCUACUAAUAUAAUCAAUAAUAUAAAUGUAUUGGUGUAAGGCUUGUUAGCCAAAUAGUUUAGAUGUUUAUAUUUAUCCACGUGGCCAAAAUACAUAUUACAUACAUAGUUCUCUUUAGCACUUCAUAUUGGUUCUUGGAGUUAUGUUCAUAACUACAUGCUGUCGUGGAUGGAUUUCCUUUGAUUUUCUAUUAUGUAAAGGUGCCUUGGAAACUUUAAUUAAGGCAAAUGAUUUUGUAAAAUAGAAUAUAAAUAUUUUUCUAUGUUGUCAAACUGUUCAUAGAAUAUAUUUAGAUAUAAGUCUAUAAACAUGUAAAUCUAUUGUGAGAGGUAUAUUUAUCCUAUGACUGAG